UUUCCCCCAUUUCCAUCAAAUUCCUUUAAUUUUCAAACUACAUUCACCAAUUUCUCCAUAACUUGUCUGAAAAUACCCCGUAAUUCCCAUAAUUUCAUCAAUGGAGCAAGAGUAAGAAGUUCAGUGCCCUUAUCAAAAUGAAAUUCCACCAAAUGCUCUUCGUAGGAAAGAAGACCCACUAUGGAGGUGUUGAAUUUGAGAGGGGAGAAGCUUGAGCUUAGUCUUAUUGACAUUGCAGAAAAGGAGUGCAGGACUGCAGGCUCUUGUUUUCCGCCACGCUCAUUUUGCCAUUAUGAUGAAUUGAGAACAUUAUUCCAUUCAAGUGUACGCAACAUAUAGAAUGUCAGUUAAUGUCAAAUGGUACUAUGUUAUCCCACCUAAAGAACGUGAAGGUGGAACUAUCAUCAGAUAUGGACCAUAUGAUUGUUAUGAUUUAUUUUUGCAGAAUACGAGGAUUACAGCUUCUAAUUUAGACAAAAUUCUCCCAAGUUAUGAAACUACAUUGGCUUUGUCUCAGCCUGAUAUGCAGCCCUUCCUCAACAUUCCUUGUCAAGUUUUUCCUGGACUUCUUCAGGCUGUUCAUUUUUCAUCAUCAGAAUCAGGCAAAUGUUUACUUCAUUCCACAGCAGGUGGUUGAAGAUUUUAAAUUGGAGAUGUUCGAUAGACAUAAGAAUCAUGUCAAACAAGGCGUUGAAGUAGAGCUGGUCGUUCAUGGAUUCCCUUUCCUGGAGCGCAAGUGUCUCUGUCAGCCAAAUAUAAUAAGAAUGUAAUUGCAAACAAAAAGUUUCUAGUUGAAAAGCGGGAGCUGAGGAUGGUGAUAGAGGGAAUAUGAUGGGAAUGUAAUAGAAAAUGAUCACCAAAGAAGGUUGGACAUAACAAACCCUACUUUACUUGAUGGAACAACUCCACCAGGUUUCUUAGGGUAUGCUGUCAAUAUGAUUGACAUAGAUGUUAAUAACAUUCAAGUCAAGACAGUUGCAGGGCGUGGCGCGAGACCCUAUUCUAUGAUCUUUUGGGGGAUCUUCAAGUGUACGAAACAAAGGAGCACAUGAAACAUGCUCUUGGAUGUAUAAUGAAUGCUGCAAUAUCUCUAGAUGGAGGCAUCAUGCACAGAAAGGGCAGAGUUUCACUAGGAUCUAUGCAUGCGGACUUGCAUUUCCGUGUUGUUGCAGAGGAGCAAGAGUAUUUAAGCAGAGAUGAGAUGAUGAAGGAGAUUGAAAACAAGAAAUUGGAAUUGAACAUUGUGGAGGAAGCCAUUGCUUAUACUAAUGAACAGAGGGAAAGCUCUUUGAACAACUUUCGUGAAAGAGAAGCUGGGUUCUUGAAAUUAAUUGAAGAUAAGGAAGAAAUUAACAAACUUAUUUUGUCACAGCAAACAACUCCAAUGGCGCCUUUGCAUACACAGAGUUCUGGUCAGUUGUUUUAGGAACAUCAGGUUAGUUUUUUAUAAGACAACAUAGUUUUACUCUAAUAUAAAAUUAAAUGUUACAAGAUACAAUAACCAGAGUUUUACUCUAAUAAUAAGUCUGCUUGUUUAUCAUGAAUAGAGUUUUAGUCUAAUAAUAAGUCUGCUUGUUUAUCAGAUUUCUCUGUAUUUCCUGGUAAUUUCUGUAUUUAUUUUGGUAUCUUAUCUCCAACAAAUUAACAAGUGAUAAAAUUUCCUUAUUACUAGAGUUUGUUUAAUCUACGAUUGUUUUAGUCCCCCACAAUCAUUAGGACAGCAAAACUGUUAAAUACUCAUACUUCAUACACUUCAGUUUAUACUUCCAUCACUUCGAUCAUACUUCAUACAAUUCAGUUUAUACUUCCAUCUUUCUUAAACUCCAUUAAUCAAUCGAUCUUGCUAUCUUACUAGCGAUGUCGAAUCUACUUCCAGGGUUUCAUUUCAAACCAACCGAGUUUCAAUUACUUAACUUCUAUCUUUUACCAAAGAUUAAUGAUGAACCACUUCCAGUAAUCCCUCGAAUGCUUGAUGCUAACAUAUAUGGUGAUAAAGGUGAUCAUCCAUCUCAAGUUUUCGAUUCUUUUGGAAAAUCAGACCUUGAAGAAGAAGAUACUGUCAGGUAUUUCUUCACUAAAUUACAGCAUGUUUCAAAGAAGAAUGGGGUUAACAGCAAGAAUGUUAUUCGAACUGUGGGUGGUUAUGGCCAUUGGAACAACGCGAGAACCGAGUCUAUUAUGGUAAAGAAUAACCAAGGUGAACAUGUUGAGGUUGGAUCAAAAACGACUCUUACUUUCAAAAGAGGAAAGGGUAUUGUUGAUGAUCAUGUUGAAUGGAGCAUGAUUGAGAUUUCAACAUAUGAUAGUAAUGUGGUUCUAUGUAAAAUCACCAAGAAGAUCCCUAAACAAUUCUCCCAGAAAAGGCAACUGCAAACAACUUCCAGUAGUAUUAUUAGUACUACUACUGUGGAUAAUGAUGGUGUCCAAGGAAACAAACGUCAAUGUGUUUCUGUCCAAGUUUAUCAACCUCAAGAAUAUGGUGUUUCGGGUGUGGUUCAAGAACAAGAAACUAAUAAUACGGUGAAUCUUGGAGAAGAAGAACAUCAAGGGAUGGAGGAUGAUGAUGAUAUGGCAUUAUUUUGUAAAGGAUUGGAAGAGGAUUUGUCAGUUGGCGAUGAUUUGAAUUCGGAUGAUAAUAUUGAUGGCCUUUUGGAUUUGUGUUCAACAACUCCCACUACUACUUCUGCUUCUACUAUUGUUGCUGAUGAUGGUGUCCAAGGAAACAAAGAUCAAUGUGUUGCUGUCCAAGUUGAUCAACCUCAAGAAUGUGGUGUUUUGGGUAUGGUUCAAGAACAAGAAACUAAUAAUACGGUGAAUGCUGAACAAGUCAAUUUCGAGGAUUUUUCAGUUGGCGGCAAUGACUUUUAUCUGACUUUGGAAGAUCGGAUCCUGCUGAAUUCUCUUGGAUUUUGAUGAGCCUUUUGGAUUUGUCUACAAUAUAAAUUAGAUUUGGCCUACAGGUUUUUACCUUCCACUUGGAAGGGUUUUUCUUGUUUGAGGCAUUAGGGUUUAAGCUUUAAGCACUUGGUUCUGUGUUUGUACAUUACAUAACGUACAUUCAAAUUCAAUAAAAAGUUGGAAGCUUAAUUUAGUUACA